AUGGCAGCUCCAAUUGCCUCUUCCUCUUGGAGGCUCUCUUUCGCUUGUGCCAAUACCAAGGAUGGAUUUGUUCUGCUCAAGGAAGUGAGCCUCCGAAUGGACAUCCCGGUCUGGGAUGAUAGUAAAGAACGGCUAUUAAAAGGGAUAGUGAACGGCGCGUGCGAUUUUCUGAUAAAACCCGUAAGAGUCAAGGAGCUGAAGAAUAUAUGGCAACAUGUGGUGAGGAAAAAGUUGAGGAAGAACAAGAAUGUUGAUAAUAAUAAGAUUGUUAAUCAUGUUGUGGGUAAAUCUCAUGUGGAGAUGAAAGAAGCUUCCAACAGUAAUAGUGUUUGUUUUAAUGAAAAUCCGAAUAAUGACAAAAGGCACACCCAUGAUGAGGUGUCUUUGAAGCAGAAGAAGCCACGUGUCGUCUGGUCGCAAGAGCUUCACCGCAAUUUUUUUGGUGUCGUUGAUCAAUUGGGAGUCGACAAAAUACAGAAUGCACCUGAAAAGUCGAAACGCGAGGCUGCGGGCCCACAACAAGCAAACAACACACCAUUAUUAUCGGGCGUGCCAUCAUUUAACAGUACUGCUUAUAAUAAUAAUUAUGAUAAUCAACACAUGAAUAUCAUUCGACGGGAGUUUCCUAAAGACCCUUCGUCUGUUGGUUCCAUUUCGAUGCAUGUGAUUCAAAAUAACAGCUCUGGACAUGGACAAGGACAAGCUUCCCACCAGUCACUCUAA